AAGAAAAUGUAUUUUAAUAAUUUGUCACUGAGGAUAGUUUUAUGCCACCAUCACAAAGAUGUAGUUACGAGUGUGACAAAAGCCCAACGGGCCCGCUGAACCGUAAAAAGUUGAUAGAACAUAUCAACAAACAGGCGAUGGAGACUCCAGAUAUUCCUGAACUUAAGCCAUACGUACCUGGAAUCGUUCGUGGUAAAAAGUGGGUACCACCGCCGAAAGAAAAUCUCAAGGAAAAGGAAGCCGAUGAACAAAUUUCAAUAGACUUAGGUGAAGAGUAUGAACAAGCGCUCUCAUCUGCAACGCAGGAUGAAAUAAUUGAUCUAGCUGCUAUCCUUGGAUUUCAUUCAAUGAUGAACCAAGAUCAAUACCACGCAUCUCUUUUGAAUUCCGGCCAGCCAGUUGGUCUAGGUUGGGACGGUAUCACUAAAGCAAGCCAGCCUAAAGUAUUUCCUAUGGACCCGCCAAAUGACACUGAUGUUGAUCAAUCUAUCAAACAAGUCCAGAAUAAUGACAUUGAUCUUAUUGAUCUUAAUUUAAAUAAUAUUAAAAAUAUAUCAGACGAACAAUUUUUCAAAUUAUUUGAAGCACUAGAAGGCAAUACCCACUUGGAAUCAUUGAGCUUAACAAAUGUGUGUCUUAAUGACAGAACAGCACAAAGAUUAGCUGAAGCAAUGGAGAAAAAUUCAACAUUGAGAAUAUUAAAUGUGGAGACAAACUUUAUCAGUCCAACAGUGAUGGUCAGACUGAUCCGAGCAUUAUUACAGACAAAGUCUAUUGAAGAAUUCCGUUGCUCGAAUCAGAGAUCGCAAGUUCUAGGGAAUAAAAUAGAAAUGGAAAUAACGCAGCUGGUUGAGCAAAAUCCAACUUUGCUGCGAUUGGGUCUUCAUCUGGAGUUCAAUGACGCAAGACAUCGUGUAGCUGCUCACUUACAGCGCAACAUCGACAGGAUACGGAAAGAUCUUGAGUUGCGGCUACAAUUCAGAUUCUUUAAUAAUAUGAAUCACAGGAAACCCGCAUUAAUUAAGCAAGCCCAAAUGUUUAAAAAUUCACGAGCGAUAGCUUCGCACGCAAAAGCUUAG